UGUGUUCGCAGGUUCGCAGUGUUUUGAUUAUUUUGGAAUUUAAAUUAAUGUUUAAAUAGCAUUAAACAAUGCACUGUGUGAGAUUUUAAUCAAAUAAAUUCAGACAUAAAAAAUGACAAGGUUCGCCCGUGCUAAAGGCUCAAAGGCGUCUAAUGAAAGAGCUCCUGAAGAUGCCACACCAUGGGAGGUUAUGAAGGAGCAAUUGCUUCAAGCUAAAAUUGAUGGGGAACAUGCUAAGAAGAGGCUUGAAGCAGAACAACAGCGAGUGGAGAACUAUGAAAACUUUUUGAAAGAACAGAAGGUUCAAAAGCGCCAGGCCUCCUGGUGUGAUUUCCCAGAAACAAAAACAGAUAGUAAAAAACCUAAGUUCCAACAUGAUAAAAAGAAGGUAAGUGAACAUACAGUUGGCAGCCAACAUUCAGAAAAUCACUUCCAGAGGGCAUCAGGCACAGGCACAACUAGUUAUGAAGAAACUGAUAAAACAAGAUCAGUGAAUAAUGACAAAACCACAAAGAAGAAAAAGUCUAAAAAUAAUAAAGAAAAAACAAGUUCUUUGCAUGAUGCUGCUCCAGCAGAGAAAGUAAAUGAAUCAAAUAAUGAUGAAACUAAACCACAAGAUGCCAUAGAUGACCAAGAUAUGAGUAAGAAGAAGGCAAAAAAAAAUAAGAAGAAGAAGAAUUCUGAUACUGCUAACAGCACUGAAUCUUCUAAAACUGAUGAUAAUAAACUAGAGAAGCCAGGUGACCAGCCUAAUAAAGGUCAAAAUCAAACUAAAGUUCCCAAAAAAAAGAAAAAGAAAUUGGUUGACGGUAAACCGGUGCGCAGGAAAGCAGAGAAUGACAGUAGCUUCCAGCUCAUCAUUAACGGAAAAGAAGUUGAGUUGGUGAGAUUUGAGGGUUUCCCUAUUAUGCGGAAAGAUGCAGACAGGCUGCAGGAUUUGAAAAACAACAUGAUAAGGAGAGGUAUACCUAAAAGUGAAGUGCAAAGGACUAUUAAACUUGAGCGACGACGGGCCGAAAAGGCUCUAGCUCGUCUUAAAAGAGAUGUGUGCUACAACUGCAGGAAGGGAGGACAUAACCUCUCCGACUGUCCGGAGCUCAAGUCCAAGAUACCAGGAGAGAAUGGAGCUGAUGGAGUGUGCUUCAAGUGCGGCUCCACUGAGCACAGACAAUUUGAAUGCAAAGUGCAAAAGGAUAAGGAGUUCAGAUUUGCUAGUUGCUUCAUCUGCAGGGAGCAGGGACACAUAGCUAGGCAAUGCCCAGACAAUCCAAAAGGACUCUACCCCAAUGGAGGUGGGUGCAAGUUAUGUGGUGAUGUCACACAUCUCAGGAAGGAUUGCCCAACGGACCAAGACAAGAGAGUGGAAUCUACUGUGAAACUGCCGACACUAGAGAGCGUGGACAACAUUGAAGACAUUGAGCAGCAGCAAGCGGUGAAACCCACUGAAUCCGUAAAGAAACCCAAGAAAAUCAAGUUCUAAAAACCUACCUACAUAGAAAAAAAAAAUACUGAGGUAUUUCAAUUUGUACAGUUACUAAAUGAAACUACUUAAAUAAAAUGUUUACAAUUAA